AUGGCGCUGCAGAUGCUCUUUGCUGCCUGUCUGAUCAUCGGUUCGAUGUCCGAGUUGCUGGCUCUCCAGUGUGUUCAGAUCAAAGUUCGGUUUCCUCACCUGAAUCCGGAGAUGACGCGACUUCUCACAAGGACGGGUCCGGACAUGCCCUCGCAGUGCAUUAGAAAGAAAAUACGCUUGGAUUCUCUUGAAAAUCUUUACAAAGUUCCAGACACUUCCACUGCCGAAGACCUCGCGAUGUUUGCAUAUGAAGCUCUCCGCCACAUUGAGGUCAUUUUCAGCAGUGACCUUCAGCCCGUUUACUGGGACGAAAGGAAGUUGGACGACUUUCUUAACAUCUUGAAUCGGAAGACUCAGAAGCUGCGGGAAUGCCUUGGAGAUCGCAUUCCCAUUACCAAAGAAGCACAAGAGGCAGAAAGCUUUGUGGGCACCAAUGUCGCUUUGAACAGUUACUUCCAGAAGAUGAAAGAAGCCUUAAAAUCCGAGGGCUAUGAUGACUGCGCCUGGGAAAUCAUCAGAAAAGAAGUGCUUUACAAUCUGAACUGGAUCAACCAUCUUGUGAACAGAAUGACAAAAUAACGGCGGCGACGAAUCGCAGACCAGCUUUAAAUUACGGGAAUUUACAGUUAAUGGCAA